AUGACGGUGGCCGUUUGCCAUGUCAUGCCGGCGCUGGACGUCGCUCCUCCUCACACUCGCCUGCCGGCGCCGAUGCCACCGCCGCAGCAGCUGGACAUGUGGAGCGCCAUGCAGGCCCCAGCCAACAACGACUGCGCCAACAAGCCCGAGCCGCCGGCGAUUAAGGCCAAGGCCACUUGCCCGAUGGCGACGGUGCGGCGGUCCAUGAGCCACGAGAGCCUCAGCCUCUGCACCGAGAGCCUCGGCUGCGAGACUGGCACCCGCGGCGACUUCCUUGACCUGGCAUCCCGGCUCUACGCGCCGCCCCCGCCCCACACAACCGACGAUGCCGUCGCCGCCGACUUCUUCUCGCCGCCGGCAUUGGAUGACCAAGAGGAGGAGAAGGAUGAGGCAGCGGGCGAGCUGACACUGAAGGCGGUGCAGUACCACCGCGCCCGGCCGCAGCGCGCGUUCCCGCCACCACUGCCGUCCAUGUCUCGCCGCGGCGGUGACGACGGCGGACCGUGCCUGCGGGUGCGCCCGCACCGCCGAGACGGGCGCCUCGUGCUGGAGGCUGUGGCCGCGAAGCCCCAGGGCUACCUUCAUGCCCAGCGCCAGGAUGGCCGCCUCAAGCUCUGUUUCGUUGACUGCUCCCCUGCCUUGGGAUCUGUUCUCGACCACCAGAAGCAGAGCAUGGUGCAACAGCCACACCAAGAAGAGAUGCUGCAAGGACGCAAUAGCGUCGACGAGGAACAAGAUGUCUUCGAGGAGGAGGACGAGGAGGACGAGGUGGAGGUGGUGGACAGGGGCACGGUGGUGGAGGUGGUGGCGGCGUCCGGCAAGGCGCAGCGGUGCUCCAGGAUCGUCAUCAACAAGUUCGUGGGCGGUGCGCCAGCCGCUAGCAGCGACGACACGUCCCCGUCGCGCUGCUUUGGAGGUGGUACCGAGGACGAGGCCGCUCCGCCAGUGACGCCGGGGAUGCGCCGGGUGCCGUCGUCCACGACGGCGCUGGCGGCCGCGGUGGCCGCGGCGUCCACGGGCAUGCAGUCCGACGAGGAGGACGAGGACGAGGUCGACGAGGAGGAGAAGGAGAGCGCGGCGCUGCUGUUCACGUCGCGGGUGGGGGACAGGGAGGAGCUGGUGCAGAGCGUGCGGCGGUGCCGGCAGCUCCGCCAGAGGCCGCUCUUCAUCGUGGAGCCAUACUCCAUCAUCGCCACCUGA